CUGCUGGCCCUUUAAGACGCUCACUGUCGCCAUGGUUUCAAACAGGAAGUGUCUUUAGCAUGUCAGCAUCUGCGACUUCAAGCGUUUCAGUCUCGCUUUUAUUUGUUGUCGUCGGCUUUUACAAACCGCGAGUUCUCUCCGACAAAGAAAUAAGAUGAGUGCGAGCACAGAUGUCGUGGAGCCUGUGAACUGCACGGUCAAACCUGCCGUGUACCUGCACAUCGGGGACACCAAAGCAGACCCAGCUCACUCAGGUGUUUGCGUGGUAGACGUCAGCCUCCCCUUUGGAAAGCCUGUCAAUGUUGAGGAGAUCACCUUUAAGAACUACUACACAGCCUACGUGACGGUGCGGCUGCUGAGGAGGAGCCCCGGGCAGGAGGCCCCCGCCAAGUGGUGCACUGCUGUGAGAGACCUGCCUCUGAUGGACAACCCGCACACCGAGGGAGGCUCCCAGGACUACUACUCCAUUCACAGGACUCAGAUGCGGGUGGAGCCGGAUCACGUGGUGUCUGUGAGGCUGAUCCUGAGACAACCGUCCUCCGCCUGGCUGAGCUUCAUUCUGGAGGAGAUCAGAAUCUACCCCCACGUGGAGCCGGACCCGGAGAAGGAGGUGUCUGAUUGGCUGUCUGACCUGACCCUGGGUGACCAUCACCCUGACUUGCAGGGCCUCCCAGACCCCCAGACCGUCUCAUCCAGCAUCCAGCAGAUGUGGGCUCUGACUGAGGUGAUGCAGACCAACCAGACCACAGCCUCCAUCGGACGCUUCGACGUGGACGGAUGCUACGAUAUCAACCUGCUGUCCCUGACCUAACGCGGCCUCGGCGUCCCGACGGCUGACGGACGACGUGAGGGCCGCAGACGAGGCAGCGAUGACGAACGAAACCAGAGGAAAAGCGUUCAGUACGUGUUGCCUCGCUGAUUUCCUUUCUGUACUUCCUGUUUGCCUGUCCUCGUCAGAACUGGAACAUCCAUGCUGUUCACACUCAGCCUUUGUUGCGGUGUGUGUGCUUUACUUAAGUGAAAAUGUGUUUAUGCGUGAGAACGUUAAUCCUUUCACGAGUUUUGUGCGGCUCUUGUUGCCACUCAGUGGAAACGUGAGCAGUUAUAAAACCCGUGUGUUCGUCGUGGAUCAUCGAGCUGAGAGAAUAAACUCCCUCAGGUGCUUCUGAAACGACGCCAGCCGCUCAUCUCAUUUUACUGAAAGUGCAGGAUUGAAGUGUGGGUUGUCCUGAGGGUCCCUGAACGGUGCUGACGAGUGUGAUCUUCUCACACUUAAGGAUCAGCUGUCAGUGUUGUGUUGAGACGUAAACCGUGUAAACUGUAUUUUAAUGUGGGCUGAGCUAGUCAGGCAGUCAGCAGCUCAGUGUGUAGUUAGUGAAGCUGGACUGCUGGGGGCGCUGUGCUACGCCACUCUGACACCUCAACAGUUUGUGUGUGUCUAUGUGUGUGCAGAUGAAUAAAAGAAAAUGAUAAUAACAGAGAA